AUGGAGCCAAAAAGAAAAUCGAUGGCUCCUAAAAAGGGUGGAGGUAAAUCAUCUCAUGCACGAAAACAUAGCAGACAGAAGAGCAAGAACAAAAAUAACAAUAACAACAAUAACAAUAACAAUAAUAAUAAUAAGGCUGGCAAACCUCCCAUGGCUCCAGUUGCCAUUGGCGACGUUGCCAAUGGUAUAUCGACCGACAAUUUGAAUAGUUUGGGUAAAACGAUCAAUUACAUAAAGAAACAACAAAUUGAGGAAUCACAACAAAAUAAAAAAGAGAAACAAAAGCAAAAUGAAGAGAGAAAGAAAUUGAUGAAUGAAACAUUGAAAAAGAAACAAGAAGAGGAACGAUUAUUGAAAUUACAAGACGAGGAAAAGAACAAGCAAUUGGAGAAACAAAAGGAAGAGGCAAAAAAAGAGUUGGAUGAAAUCAAUUAUCAGUUGAUGUUGCAGGGUGCACCCAUCCCAUCGACAAGUGGAACUAUCAGAGGCAACCCAUUGGCUGCAAUAGCUGCUGCAGGAGGUAUAAGUGUACGUGGAUCUAAAUCACCACCAUUGGAUUUGGGAGAGUAUAAGCGAAAGACUCUAGGACGUGGUAUCACCUCGUUCUUUGGAUUGAACCAAACCAAUAACCAUAGCGCUUCUAAUCUUGGUACACAUGGCCCAAACUCCUCUUCUGGCGGUGGAAACCCAUCAGAACUUAAAAAAUACCCAUCACACAAUUCAUUGGGAUUAAAGAAUGGAUCAAACACUAUGUUUCGUACCAUCUCUGUACCUAGAGUGUCGAAAGGACAAGUGUCACUCCAAGAACUAUUCCAACACAAACAAAAUAGUAGUAAUAAUUUGGCAGCUGCUGGCACAUUGACAUCGUCGGCUGUCGAAAAACUAAGAGAUCUCGCCAAACAACCUGCCAAUCCUUCAAGACCACUCUCUUCAUCUGGUUUCAAACCAAUGUGGUUUGGUACAUUUAAUUUGGCUCAAAAAUUUAAAGAAGAUAAUACUAAAAGACAAAGUGUUGAAAAUAGAUGGGAUGAAUAUGUUAAAACAUUAUUACCAUCUGAUUUGGAAAAUGUAAAACAAAAGAAACUUCAACGUCAAUUAAAGGAUGAAGUUAAACAACAAAAAAUAUUAAAUGGUGAUGAACUGUCAUCUUCAUCCGAGGAAGAGGAAGAAGAAGAAGAGGAAGAGGAAGAACAAAACCAACAAAUCAAUCAACAAUUAAUAGAGGAUAUUAGAAAAGAUUUAAAUGUUGAACAUGAUUAUGAAUAUUCCGAGGAUGAAGAAGAUGAAUUAAUUGAAGAAUUGGAACAAUUGGAAAAACAAAAUAAUAAUGUUUUAAUUGAUGAUGAUGAUGAUAUAUCAGAAUCUGAUGAUGAUGAUUCUGAAGAAGAAGAUGAACAAGUACAACCACUACCAACAAUUCAACAACAACAACCAAUUAUUUUAACAACAAUUGUAGACAAGGAAAAAGAAAAGGAGAAAAAUGUAAAGAGAUUAUCAACUUCAACUUCAAGUACUACUUCCAAUAGUACAUUAUUACCACCAACUGCAACCUUUAUCAUUGGUUCACAAGUAAUGGAAAUUGGUAAAGAAGAUGAACCAGAGGAAGAAUCAGAUGAGGAAACUGAUGACGAUGAUAAUCAAGAAGAUCAAUUUGAUGAAGAUGGAGCUAAAAAACAGAAAAAGCAGAAAAAGCAGAAAAAGGAUAAAACUCAAGAGGUUAAACCAUUACAACCAACUGAAGGAGAACAAACUGCUUUGGAUGGUGAACAACCACCUGCUGAAGAACCUAUUCCCGAAGAACCAUAUGUUGAACCAAAGGAGGUUACAGAUGGAAAUAUUAUCAUUGGUGCGUUGCUCAACAAGACUACUCGUCCCGCCAAAGAAUACAAACCAAAAGAAGGUGAAAUGUCAUUGGCCUCACAACGUCCACCUGAUAUGGUCAAUAUCUUCAAGUAUGGUGUCAUUGAUAUCGACUUUGCCGAGAUUUUUGGUGAAGAAGAAGAUCUAAGAGGUCACAUUAUGUGGACUGUUGGUUCAUUUGGUGUAGAAGAAAGAGAUCCUGAUGAUUAUGCUGUAUUUUAUACAAAGGAUUGUUAUAUUGUUUUAAAUAUAUCAGAUAAUAAAUUAGAUUCAAAAAUGUAUAAUGUACAUGUUUGGAUUGGUAAAGAAGCACCAAUUGAUAGAAUUGGUACAGCUGCAAUGAUGGCACUUCAAUUGGCCACUCAUAUGGGUGGUAAAGUAAACCACUAUAGAGAAGAACAAGGCAAUGAAAGCAAACUCUUCCUCGGAUACUAUUACAAUGAUGAUUAUAAUGGAAUCAAGCAAAAGAGUGGUGGUCCACAAUCAGAUUUUAACAUUGUACCAAAGAUUAGACCUGUUGGAACAACUACUCUCUUCAAGGUUGAUAUCCCAUUGAUUGGUGAAAAGAGUGGACGUGUCUCGGUGCGUCGUGUUGCAUUGUCUAAAAAGUUUGUCAAAUCCUCUCCCCUCGAAGUAUGUUAUGUCCUCGAAAACAAUGAUCGUGUCUAUAUCAAACUUGGUCCAAAAUCAACCAUCCAAACAAAGAGUUUAGCAAGAUCACUUGCAAAAGAAUUAUCCAAUUCAUAUGCUCAUCAAGUUAAAAUUAUUGAAGUUGUUGGAGAAUUAAUGGAAAAAGAAUUUUAUAAAUAUAUGAGUGAACAAAAGACAAAGGAAGAUAGAGACAAGGAUUACAAGACGACAGAAGAGGAAGAGACGAUUGUUAAUCUCUACCGAACCUAUACCAAGGACACUGGUAAAUUGGAUCUAGAGUCGAUUGUUGAAGAGUACCCAAUCGAAUAUUACGAGUUGAAUAACAAGGAAGUGUUUAUUCUCGAUUGUACAACCGAUGUGUUUGUCUGGGCACCACGCGCGGUCAACAAGAAAAAGGUGAUGGCUGGUCGCGAGUGUGGAAAGAUGUUCUUUAACGAGUACGAGCGUCCUCAAUGGGCUCGACUUGUAUUCAUUACCGAAGGUGAAGAACCACCCCUCUUUAAGCAACAAUUCAAGAAUUGGCCAUCACCAAAACCAAUCAACUUUAGUAGUAUUGCCGAACCAAUCUCCAAACCCAGCUUAUUUUCAUCGCCACCAAGUUACAACUUUGAAAAUAUUAUCAAUAAUCUUCAGGAUCAAGUCAUUGAGCCAGUACUUAAAAACAAUCCAAAUGAUACGAUCGAUGUGUAUACCAUUACAUUGCCAGAGUUACAAUUCUUCAAGGUGGAUGGAUUCUACAAGGGUCAUUUCUACGAAGAUGAUUGUUACAUGAUUAUCGUUUCGACACGUAACAAGAGUACGUACAAAACGAUCACAUCAAACGAACCACAAACAACGAUAUAUUGGUGGGAGGGUGUGCAUGCCGAUCCAAAGGGUUUCCCAUCCUUUGUGCACGGACUCUUCCCCAUCAUCUCUCAAAAGUUUGUAGAGAUGGGUCAGUUGAAACCACGUUGUUGUCUAGUCAAACAAAGAAAGGAACCAGAUCAUUUCCUUGGACUCUUUGGAAACAAAUUGGUCAUUCACAAAGGUUCAAGAUUUGAUAUUGAUAUCUCUGAUAAAAUUUAUCAAUUUAUCUCUUUUGGUCAAUAUACUUAUAUUCAACAAAUUGAUCAAAAUACAACAUUAUUAAAUUCAUUUUAUUGUUACUUUUUGGUAUCAUUGGCACGUGAAAAGAUAACAAUUUGGAGAGGUAAAUUUAAUAGAGUAACGACAGAUGAAGAAUUGGAAUUGUUUGCCAGUUAUUUGGAUAAAGAGUACUAUGUAAAAUACGUGAAUCAGUCAAGAGAAGGUGAAUUGUUUUGGAAAUCAUUGCCUGGUAUGAUCAGAGAACCGGUAGAUUAUAGUCAUAGAGGUCACAUACUCUACAGAUUCUAUUUUAAAAACACAGAGUUUAGUGUCGAGAGAAUCAAGAGAAUGUAUACAUCUGAUCUUGCAUCAGAUUAUUGUUGUCUUCUUGAAACUAGAACUAAACUCUAUUUUUGGAUUGGUUCACAAGCUUCUGCAACUUUGUUAUAUAUUUCAAAUAUUUUUAUAAAUGACUAUUGUAAAUAUUUAUCAAGAACAGUUGAUUGUGUAAAGAGAGUUUAUCAAUAUCAAGAGUCAUUGAAUUUCAAACAUCAAUUCCCGGCAUGGGAUAAUAAGGAUGUUAUUGUAGACCCAUUGGAAUUGAGACAACAACGAUUGACCGUGCAAAGAACACUCGAAUACAGAAAGCAGUGCGAAGAGGAACAACAAUUAUUACGCGAAUACCUCGAGUAUGCCAGCAGUCUCGACGAUGACGAUUAUCUCGAGGAUUUCGAGUCGUGGGUCAUGGAGAAAAAGAGUUUCCUCGAUCAAGAUGGAGGACAUCAUAUCAUUCGUCAUAAUAGUAAUACCAAUAAUCAUCUCAACAACAACAAUAAUAACCAUCACCACCAUCAUACUAAUAAUAAUCUAAACACACCAUCAACCACUCCUACCAUUGUAAAUGAUCCAACCACUCCACCAUCAGAAUCUAAAAAGAAAAAGAAGAAAGGUCUCUUGUGGAUUGAUGGUAGUGAGGCUUAUUCUUCAGAUGGUGGAUUUGAACAUUGCUCUAUUAGAUAUGAAAAAAAUUAA